AUGGUCUCUGAUAUAGACAUUGACAGAGACGGUCAGGAAAUUCUUGACGUCUGUUCAUACCAUCGAACCGACUAUGACCUGUGUCUGAUCCGCACACGUCCACAUGAACUCCAAGCAAUCGCACCAUGCCUUCAAACAUGCUUCGACACACAACCUAGUUCCGAACUUGGUCUCUUGGAUCGCCUCUCCCCGGAGCUCCUAUUUGAAAUCCUCCUCCAAAUCGAUAUCGCGUCCUAUCUCCGUUUCCGCCAGGUCAACCGGCGCGCUCGAGCCGUCGCAACGCAGCUCCGCGAAUACGAGCUCGUUUCUACGCAUGGACUCGAGGGCCUGACAGCACUGAUGCGCACCGGACUGACGGCCAACUUCACAAUCCGGGAUCUGUAUGAACCCCUUGUGACGUACAGUUGCAAAUUCUGCCCUCGUUUCGGAGGCUUCCUGCACCUCUUUGACUGCACGCGGUGCUGCUUUGCCUGCCUCAUUCAUGCCCCCGAGUUGCGCGGAACGGACCAUAGUUUGACGGACAAACUUUGCCAAACUCUGGAUAUAUCCAAACCCCAGCCUGGUAUGGAACUGGGACCUGUGCUGCAUACCGUGCCUGGGAGGUUCUGCCUAGAGUAUUACAAAAAGGCCUAUUUCCUCCCUCAAGAACUCCUCUCGACGCCUCAAGUUGUCUCGGCACUCGCCUCGCUCGGUGUACCUCACGAGGCCGUUGGCUCGGCCUUGGAGGAGCAGAGAGACAUUUGGAGUCACCGAUUUGCAGCAGCUACAGCGUACCCCUGGUACGACGUGGAAAAUGCAGAAGCUGACCGCGGCGUCAACUGCAAAGCCAUCCAUCUCUACCUCGAAAAGAAUUCACCCUAUGGCUCACGCCUGGCAGCUGGGCGCAAUCUCCCAAUGAUCACCACACCCGAGUUUCAGCACAGCAGGUUGGUGUUUUCAAGGGCUGGCUUCUUGGAGCACUUCAAGACCUGCAGUUUUGCACAGAAACUAUGGAGGGGGAGGGAGGAUGGGGAGCUGCCGGCGACCGAGUCUCGGUUUAUGCGCUUGAGGGGUGGUCUUGACACGGAAGACGAGGAUGGGGUGCCUUUGUGA